GUGCUUUUUAUAUGCUCACCAGGUGUAGGUAAGAGCUUUUUGGCUGAGACCCAGACGUUCAUUGCGGGAGGGUAACAAAGUGGGCGGGGAUCUGGCAAACGAAGAGCCGCGAGGAGGAGGCGGAGCCGCGGAGAGUUUGAGUAUUUCCGCCCAAUCCGAAGGAGGCGGCAAGAGCAGCAGGGGGAGAUGAAGGGGGAGCGGGAGCUGGAGAGUACUGCCAGUUACUCCAGCGCGCCAGGCCCCGGCCGCAGCUUCUCGGCGGAAGCACCUCCACUUGCAGCGGCCGAUCCCGAGGCCGCCUCCAGCAAUGGCCUUUGCAAAUCUGCGGAAAGUGCUCAUCAGUGACAGCCUGGACCCUUGCUGCCGGAGGAUCCUGCAAGAUGGAGGGCUGCAGGUGGUGGAGAAGCAGAACCUUAGCAAAGAGGAGCUGAUAGCCGAGCUGCAGGACUGUGAAGGCCUCAUUGUCCGCUCUGCCACCAAGGUGACCGCUGAUGUCAUCAACGCAGCCGAGAAGCUCCAGGUGGUGGGCAGGGCUGGCACAGGCGUGGACAACGUGGACCUGGAGGCCGCAACAAGGAAGGGCGUCUUGGUCAUGAACACCCCCAAUGGGAACAGCCUCAGUGCUGCAGAACUCACCUGUGGGAUGAUCCUGUGCCUGGCCCGGCAGAUUCCCCAGGCGACGGCUUCAAUGAAGGAUGGCAAAUGGGAGCGGAAGCAGUUCAUGGGAACAGAGCUGAAUGGAAAGACCCUGGGAAUUCUUGGCCUGGGCAGGAUUGGCAGAGAGGUGGCUACCCGGAUGCAGUCCUUCGGGAUGAAGACAAUAGGGUAUGACCCCAUCAUUUCCCCAGAGGUCUCGGCCUCCUUUGGUGUUCAGCAGCUGCCCCUGGAGGAGAUCUGGCCUCUCUGUGAUUUCAUCACUGUGCACACUCCUCUCCUGCCCUCCACCACAGGCUUAUUGAACGACAGCACCUUUGCCCAGUGCAAGAAGGGGGUACGUGUGGUGAACUGUGCCCGUGGAGGGAUCGUGGACGAAGGCGCCCUGCUCCGGGCCCUGCAGUCGGGCCAAUGUGCCGGGGCUGCGCUGGAUGUGUUUACGGAGGAGCCACCACGGGACCGAACCUUGGUGGACCACGAGAAUGUCAUCAGCUGUCCCCACCUGGGCGCCAGCACCAGGGAGGCGCAGAGCCGCUGUGGGGAGGAAAUUGCUGUUCAGUUCGUGGACAUGGUGAAGGGGAAAUCUCUCGCGGGGGUUGUCAAUGCCCAGGCCCUUACCAGCGCCUUCUCUCCACACACCAAGCCUUGGAUUGGUCUGGCAGAAGCUCUGGGGACACUGAUACGAGCCUGGGCUGGGUCUCCCAAAGGGACCAUUCAGGUGAUAACACAAGGAACAUCCCUGAAGAAUGCUGGGAACUGCCUAAGCCCUGCGGUCAUCGUCGGCCUCUUGAAGGAGGCUUCCAAGCAGGCGGACGUGAACUUGGUGAACGCCAAGCUGCUGGUGAAAGAGGCUGGCCUCAAUGUCACCACCUCCCACAGCCCGGCAGCACCAGGGGAUCAGGGCUUCGGGGAAUGUCUCCUGGCUGUGGCCCUGGCAGGCGCCCCUUACCAGGCUGUGGGCUUGGUCCAGGGCACCACACCUGUGCUGCAGGGGCUCAAUGGAGCUGUCUUCAGGCCGGAAGUGCCUCUCCGCAGGGGCCUGCCCCUGCUCCUAUUCCGGACUCAGACCUCCGACCCUGCAAUGCUGCCUAUCAUGAUUGGCCUCCUGGCAGAGGCAGGCGUGCGGCUGCUGUCCUACCAGACUUCACUGGUGUCAGACGGGGAGACCUGGCAUGUCAUGGGUAUCUCCUCCUUGCUACCCAGCCUGGAAGCGUGGAAGCAGCACGUGACCGAGGCCUUCCAGUUCCACUUCUAACCUUGGGGCUCACGGGUCCCCGCCUCUGGGGCUUUUCUGAAGAAACCUACCCACUGUGAUCAACAGGGAGAGAAGAUCCACUUUCUUGGGCUGAACAAAGGCCUCUGACAUUGCUUCCGUGGCGCUCUUCUGACCCUGUAGUACAGCAAUAACCAUCUAAUAAAGACCCUACCAGCAACUC